GUUUAUGAAGAAGAUGUGCCGGAUCAAGAUGGUCAAUUGCAACAGCUGCAGCAAGGACAGCUGACCACAGGUACGGCAGCUCGGCGUAGACGUAAUCAGGACCGCACCUAUGAGGUCACCACCACCACCGAAAGUUUCCACCGAACCAUUUCUCCACCAGCCACGACGACACCGUUCGACAACUCAUUCGUCGAUACGAACCCGCAACCGAAUGGAUAUACUCGUUACUAA